CCUAAAGAACAGACUUUAAAUCAUGGGACUUUGUUGUAUUUUUGGCCUUGGAAGAUUCCGUUUUAGUUUCUCAUCAAACUUACAUUUUGGCUACAUUUGUUAGUGGAGCGGGGACGACACAGAUCGACUAUCUUCUCUUGCGCAGGUGUGAUCGGGUGCUCUGCAAGGAUGCUAAAGUAAUUCCGAGUGAAAACGUCACUACCCAACACAAGCUUCUCGUGAUGGAUGUUAUGAUCAGGUGGGAGAAACAUAGGAGAGCUUUGAGUGGCAACACACAAAUCAGGUGGAGGAGACUAAGUGCGGAGAACAUCGCUGAGUUGACCAGGCGAGUGCAGGAGAAAGGUGCGUGGGAAUCGACCGGAGAGGCUAUAGAUAUGUGGGUGCGGACUGCUAACUGCAUCAGGGAAUCAGCCAGGGAAGUGUUAGGUGUGAGCUCUGGCUCUGGGAGUAGGCGUCGGGGUGAUUGGUGGUGGAUCGAUUCAGUCCGAAGUAAGGUGGAAGCUAAGAAGGUGGCGUAUUUGAGGUACAUGGGCUGCAAUGUUGAGGAGGAAAGAGCGGCGUUGCGAGUGGAGUACAAGAAAGCGCCAUGGAUGCCUGAUGAGUGGAGGGAGAGUCUCUUGGUCCCUCUGUUUAAAGGCAAAGGUGACAUUCAGAGCUGCGAGAAUUACAGAGGCAUCAAACUGCUUAGCCACACCAUGAAGGUUUGGGAGCGAGUUAUUGAGUAUAGGGUGCGGAAAGAGGUUUGCAUCUCGGAGAACCAGUUUGGUUUCAUGCCUGGCAGAUCGACUACAGAGGCCAUUCAUCUCGUGAGGAGGUUAAUGGAAGAGUAUAGGGCUAGGAAGAAGGACCUUCAUAUGGUGUUUAUUGACCUUGAGAAGGCGUAUGAUAGGGUGCCAAGGGAGGGAUGGGGUUACACCAAGGGUCUGCUCAAGGGGAUGGACGUCCUAACUCAAGGGGUUCAAGACGGGGUCCCAUGGUGCAUGCUUUUCGCGGAUGAUAUUGUGCUUAUCGACGACACGCGUGAGGGACUAAAUGAUAAGUUGGAAUUAUGGCGCCUUGCCCUUGAGACUAAAGGAUUCAUAAUAAGUAGGAACAAGACUGAAUACAUGGAAUGUCGUUUCAGCGGCCGGGAUACAGAAUCUGAGGUGGAAGUCAAGAUUGACUCUCACCUAGUACCUAAGGUAGACAGGUUUCGUUAUCUUGGCUCGGUAAUUCAGGCGGAUGGGCAGUUAGAUGCAGAUGUUGGACAUCGGGUUGGAGUGGCUUGGGCCAAAUGGCGGUUAGCUUCAGGGGUGUUGUGUGAUCCGAAGAUUUCGCCUAGAAUGAAAGGUAAGUUCUAUCGAUCCGUAGUCAGACCUGCUAUGUUAUAUGGGGCAGAGUGUUGGGCGGUUAAGAAGACUCAUGUGCGUUGUCUGCAUGCGGCGGAGAUGCGGAUGUUACGAUGGAUGUGCGGGAAGACAAGGUUGGAUAUGAUUUCGAAUGAGGUUAUCCGACGUCAAGUAGGUAUGGCACCGGUGAAGACAAGUUGCGGGAAGCGAGGUUGAGGGGUGAAUGGAAUAAAGGGAGGGUUUAAUU